AUGGAAUAUACAGAUGAGCCUUUGAAGGGAUUAAAUGACCAGCCACAUUUAAAUGAAUCUGGUUUGUCUUCAGAGUUGGACAACGCACCACAAGGGAUGGAAAUUCCGCUUUAUAUCUACAUCCUUGCGUCUUUGGUUAAUGCUGUUAUAUUUCUUGUCGGAACCAUAGGAAAUAUUUUUGUUAUUGUUGUGGUAAUUAAAGUGCGAAAUAUGCGGACACCUACCAACGUUUUCUUGUUAAACCUAAGUGCUGCUGAUGUUUUAGUGUUGCUUGUUUGUCAACCUGCCGGUCUCUUAGAAUUCUUUGGAAAAGAUAGAUGGUUUCUUGGAGAACUCAUGUGUAAACUAGUACCGCUGAUGGAGAACGGGGUUUUACACGUGUCCAUAUUGACGAUGUUGGCUGUAACAUUUGAACGCUAUCAUGCUAUAUGCCAUCCUCUUAAGUAUCGGAUGACCUCAACAAUAUCUGCUACUGUAAAAAUAAUUGCCGGUAUUUGGAUCUUUGGAACGAUUUUGACCUUACCUUUCUUGAUAAUGACUGACUAUGAAGAUGCACUGUUUUAUGACGGGUCGCCAAUCAAAGUUUGCCGAACGAAAGUGAACGAAAUGUGGCGCUAUUGUUACACAAUAUUCAUAUCUGUUGCCUUCUUUGCAUUGCCUUUGUUCAUACUGAUAGGCUUCUACGUAUGUAUCAUCAAACAGCUGAUGUCUGACAAGUUAACAUCUCUUGCACAAAAUGACAGAACGGCUGUGAACACAUUGAGAUCGAGGAAGCAAGUUGUUCAGAUGCUCAUCUUUAUAAUUGUACUGUUCUUCAUAUCACUUUUCCCAAUUAGAGUCGUUUCUCUGUGGCUGAUAUUUACACCAACAGCAGAGGUGAUCAAAAUUGGUCUUGAGCCGUAUCUUAACCUUAUGUGUUGGGUCAGAAUUCUGAUGUAUAUCAACAGUGCAGGAAAUCCCAUAAUAUACAGUUUAACAUCAACAAAGUUCAAAUCUGCCUUCAAGAGAGUAUUAGGACGUAGGAACAGUUUUCCACAAGGUAGUGUUACAUCCACUAAAUAUAUAUUUAAGCGAGUCAACAACAACAGACGUGGAAAUGUAGUUAAUACCCCUUUACCGUGUUUAAAUGGUACACAGCUAUCCUCCGUUAAGUCAAAACUGUCCUCGAAAACGUCUUCCUCAAAACGCGCCAACGAUCGAGAGGAGGACGGUUUAAGGAGAAAUUUCCAUAGAAACGAAAAACCUUUGCUCAAUGUUCGGCUCAUCCUUUACCCAAAGACACCUCAGCGUCGCAGUGGAAAUAGUCAGACUACUUGCGAUUAUAUUCCUCUACAGAUAAUUGAUGGAAGCGUGAGAUUGAAAGAACGAAAUAGCUAA